CAGGUGUGUGGUGCACUGACCCUGCCUGCGACAGGCGAGGAGUCAGAAGACCAGGGCCAUGAUUGGCUCUCCUGGCCCUGGUGGGCGUGCCUUAGUGCCAUGGCUGAGUGAGUGGCGAUGGGUCCUUGCUGCUUUGCUGGUUGCCAUAAUAACUUUGUCGCUGCCAGGAAGUAGCCAGGCCUGUCCGCCACGGUGCGAGUGUUCAGCUCAGCUGAGGUCAGUGUCGUGCCAACGGCGGCGACUCACCAACAUCCCAGAGGGCAUCCCCACGGAGACACAACUUCUGGACCUCAGCAAGAACCGGCUCCGCUGGGUGCAAACAGGUGACCUGGCACCUUACCCACGGCUGGAGGAAGUGGACCUCAGUGAGAACCUCAUUGCCACUUUAGAGCCCAAUGCCUUCGCUAGCCUCCAGAGUCUUAAGGUGCUGAAGUUAAGGGGAAACCAGCUUAAGUUAGUGCCCAUGGGGGCCUUUGCCAAGCUGGGCAACCUGACCAGCCUGGACCUGAGUGAGAACAAGAUGGUGAUUUUACUGGACUACACCUUCCAGGAUCUGAGGAGUCUGAAACAUUUGGAGGUGGGAGACAACGACCUGGUUUAUAUUUCCCACAAGGCAUUCUCAGGUCUCCUGGGGCUGGAAGAUCUCACAAUAGAGCGCUGCAACCUGACAUCCAUCUCUGGCCAGACGCUGUCUUACCUCCGCAGCCUGGUCACCCUUCGCCUCCGUCACCUCAGCAUCAUUGCCCUGGAGGACCAAAACUUCCGCAAGCUCUCCAACCUGCGGGGUCUGGACAUCGAUCACUGGCCAUACUUGGAGUACAUCUCCCCUCUUAGUUUCCAGGGCCUGGACCUCCACUGGCUCUCCAUCACCAACACCAACAUCACCUCUGUCCCCUCUGCUUCAUUCAAGAACCUGGUGCACCUCACCCACCUCAACCUGUCCUACAAUCCCAUCACCACCCUAGAGCCCUGGGCCUUCAAGGAUCUGCUGAGGCUGAAGGAUCUCAUCAUGGUAAGCACAGGGUUGAUGACAGUGGAGCUCCAUGCCCUUGGAGGCCUCCGACAGAUCCGGGUCCUCAACUUCUCCUCCAACGACCUGCAGACUCUGGAAGAGGGCUCCUUCCACUCUGUCAACAGUCUGGAGACCCUCAGAGUGGAUGGGAACCCCCUGAUGUGUGACUGCCGUCUGUUGUGGAUCCUGCAAAGACGCAAGACCCUCAACUUUGACGGCAGAGUGCCGGUGUGUGCUGGGCCGGUGGAGGUGCAAGGGGUCAGCCUCAGCGCCUUCACCGAUUCUGCACUCUUCGAUCACUUUACAUGCCAGAAACCUAAGAUACGCAACCGUAAGCUGCAGCAGGUGACCGCUCGUGAGGGCCAGCCAGUCAGUUUUCUGUGUAGAGCUGAAGGAGAACCUGCUCCUGCUAUUGUCUGGAUUUCCCCACAGCGGCGACGGAUCACAGCUAAGAGUUCAGGGCGCAUUACUGUUCUCCCUAGUGGCACCCUGGAGAUCCGCUACGCCCAGCUUACUGACAGCGGAACAUACAUCUGCAUCGCCAGUAACGCAGGAGGCAAUGACACCUACUUCGCCACACUCACAGUGCGUGGGCAGCCGCUAGAUGCCGCCUCUGCCUUCUUUCUCAACCGCUCGCUGUAUAGCGGCGACUUCUUCAACGACACAAAUCUGAAUAGCACACGUGUUUUCCUCAAGUUCACUUUGGACCUAACCACCAUCUUGGUCUCCACGGCAAUGGGUUGCAUCACCUUCCUGGGGGUGGUCCUCUUCUGUUUCCUGCUGUUGUUCGUGUGGAGCCGGGGACGCGGCCAACGCAAGAACAACUUCACAGUGGAGUACUCUUUCCGGAAAUCUGAACCCGCCACUGGAGGCACCUCUGGAGGGACCAGGAAGUUCAACAUGAAAAUGAUAUGAAACAACGCAGCCAGGGGUCACUCGGGGGAGGCAUGAGCACGUCCCAAAAACGUGUUUGACACACGCAAACACACACAGCCACUGACUCGCAAAGAAGUUUUAAAGCACAAUUCAAGUUUCUGUCUAUGGCUCUAUUCAGAAUUGAGUGCCCACAUCAAAACUGGAGCCAUGACUCGAUUUGGUUUGAUUUGUGAAUGAAAACAAAUUUACCCUGACCUCUCUGCCUCGCAGUGGUUUUAUUCAGCUUGUGGUGAAAAGCAUGUUUAAAGGAUACAGUAAGGAACAACUGGUAGUUUUGAAAGCGCUAUCUGUCAUCCACGCUUCAUAAGAAUAAUAGAGUUAAGAAUUAUAGGAGAUAAGGUUUUGAAAUUGUCAUGAUUACUGAGCUGUGGAAUACUGGUAGUCCUGUGUCUAGGUUACAUUAAUGAGGAAAUUUAAAAGAUUUCCUUUUUUCAUCUAAAUUUCCCUUUACUGUAUGCUGUGCAGUCGGGGAUUUUAAAAGAAAUGUAAUGCAGGGAUACCUGGCUACCAUCCAUUUGUAGAAUUUGUAGCUGUGCUCUUCUAAAGUCUGCCUUGUUAAGAAUCAUGCAUGUAGAAACGCAGUUGAGAGUUAAGUUGUAAGUUUAUACCACUGAAUAAAACAAAUUGUUCUGAAAGACAGGUUGAACAUGUUUUUCUAUAAAACAUUUAAUAGCCACCUUUAUCUAUUCUGACCACGGCUGAACUGUGAAGAGGGUUCUGUAGGGUCAAACACUUGAAACCACACAUUAACAUUAUCAUAUGUCAUUUGUUUUAAUGAGCAAAAGCUCAUUGGAUGUAACAUAUGAUCGGACAAUAUCUGAUAAGGAGCAAUGGAUGUGGAUCAUUCACAUAGAUGACAAAUAGACAAAAGAAAUACAAUUUGGCCUUUUCUUCUUUGUGAGAUCUUGUGACAACGUUAGCUGUGUGAGUUUGGGACGAGCACACUGGCCAAGAGCUGCUGUGGCUGCCCGUGGCCCGGAGGGUUUGGUUAGGAAGUCAAGCCUACCGGACACAGGCCGCCACAGUAACCAUAGCAACCAACACGAGACAGCAGGAGGCACCAGGGCUGGUGGCCACUGGAGGGUUGCUGGGUAGAAGGGGAGAAAAGUCAAUGUGACCUCUUCUCUCUCUAACCUACAUCACAAGCCCCCGUUCAUCCUCUUUCAUCAACAGGAGAGGGUCGACCUGCCGGCCUCCACCCUGCGCCCCUGCUCUCUGCUGUAUUGGUGGCCUGACCUUCCCAGCGCUGCCAGGGGGGAGCAGCCUGGAGAGUUGGGUCACUCAGAGGCAGACAGAGGACACACAGUAACACUGUAGGGGUCUUCACGUAAACAAACACUCAUCCUAUUAGAGAAAAACACACAUAGCAACACAUGUAUAGCACCUUUUCUCAGGAAAAGUGAAGGAACUACCCUACAGAGUGAGGGUAUCUACACAAACUUACUCUGUUAAAAUAUAACAUUCCAGCAAUACUGUAUGUAGAGCCAUAAAGCCAAAAUUCAUUCUCUAAGAGAGAACUGAUGUAAAUUGGUGAGUGAAGAAACAAAGCCAUAGUAUGUGUAGGUUGUUUUUUUAUAGCGUGUGCAUGAUUCAGUUAUAUAAUAAUAAUUAUUGCUACUGCCAUCUUACAAGCUGUCGUGAUGAUCAAAAGACCAUCUGCUGUCACUGGGCUUGCAUAAAGUUGCACCCCAUAACACACGCACACACACACACACACACACACAAACAGAAGAGAUAGAACCACAUCGAGGUUAUUUGGAUAAUAUAAUCACAUUAUAAUCACAGUUACACACAACUAAACAUACAAACUGAUAAAGCACCACAGCGAUCAUAAAGUGUGAUGCUGACUGCUCUCUCUCUGUCUCUGAGGAGGUCGGUGUACGAAUGUCUCUGCCCCCCUAGCCCAGUGCAUCCCCCCUCCUCACCCCACACCCCCACACCCCCACUGGGUCCUCCUUUGGGAGGGGUCCCUGGCUGGAGACCGAGGAUUCAAAUGUAAAUGAAGUCGUGUUAACCCUACCCACGCCAUGUGCAUCGUAUAGUGGAGAGUAGUACUGUGGUUUAAAAACAAAAACAAAAACAACAAAAAACUUUAUUUGAAGUGUUCUGUUUGUCCUCCAUUUUAAUUUUCUCAGUUGUUGUUCUCCGUGACCUUUUUGGCAGUUUACCGUUUUAAAGUUCUUUGUCCUCCAAGUGGGACUGUUCUGUUCUCAACACCUAAUCACUUUUCCACACACUAAACAGUGUGCAUAUCAACUGAAACCAGGCAGAGCGAUAUUUAUACCGAGACAAGAGACAUAAUUUAAAGCAGUGGUUGGUAACCUCGUGUCACAAGUUAAAUUGGAGGUGUCACAAGAUGGUUAACAUAAAAAAACAUAGGUGUGCUGCACAAUAUUAUAUUUUUCUGACUUUUAUCAAAAUUUGACUCUUCAGUCAAAUACUGAAUGGUUUCACCUGUUCUGGAGCCGAUGCACCAGCUCUUCAUAAUUUCAAAUUUAGCCUGGUUCAAACGUAACCUAGUUAAAAGUGUUUGCUAAAUAGAUAUUUGCACAUCGCUGAAUGAACCGGUUGAACCACACAAACUAGUUCUUACAUAGAAAUGAGUUGUUAGCUAAUAUUUACACACAGUAACAAGUGUAGCUAACUGCACCAACUGACAAAACUAAUUCAAAGUGAAGAGUAAAAGAGGUCAUGGAAUAUGGUCAACAUAUUUGACCUGAUGCUUGCUCUAAAUGCUGUUUAAUAAUAAUGUGGCAAUACUUUACCCAGUAUCCCUCAAAUUACAAAUCAUUAUGCUAACAGGCUUGGUUAGCAUAAUCAAAUAUUUCCCAAUCAUUUCCCAGUCAUUCUGAAUACUGCAUGAAUCAAACUAAUUUCUCAAUGUAUGGACACAUACAAUGAGAAAAGUCAAGUUGAUUGCUAUCGCUUUGAUACUAGCAACUUAGAGAUGUUUCCUAUUAACUGAUUUAUGUAUUACUAAAAUCUUUAAGAGCUACAGCAUUUCAAGUUUUAAUGGCAACGUGAUUUUCUAGUUUGAAACUAGCUAGUUGCCAAGAACUUAGGAAGGACUUUACACACAAACUUAGUGACAUCUGGUGCUAGUGUACAGCAUGUCAUGAGGGCUUGCAAGUUGUCAUUUAAAGGGUUCAUACUGUAAAAACGUUGGGAACCUCUGAUAUAAAGCACACCUACAAGGCUGCAUAAAGACAGGUUUGUGGUUUGGAAACAAUUUGCCCCUGGUAGAACCUCAAAACUUUUGCAAAAGAAAUCCUGCAAACUUCAUUUUUGUCCUCUGUGAGGGAUGAUGAAAACACGGCUUCUGUUUCAGGAUGAAAAACUGAACAGCUGUUAAAGAUUCAUGAGGCCAAAUGAGAAUAGAUGAACAAAUUGGCCUGGUUUUCACAUUGCCGUUAACAGUGUCAGUAGCCAUUUUUGUGUUGAGAACAGGACGUUGCCUUCAUGGACAUCUCCUCUCCCUGAGCCGACCCUCUUGUUUUUCCAUUCCCACGUAUUUCUUAGUGGAAAUUAGGUUUAGAAGACAGUGAGAAUGUCUGUGGUGAUUGUCAAUAGUGUUAUUGUGAAAUCAUCAAUCACAAAUGUAAGCGUAGAUGAGGGUGUGUUUCAUUUUAUUAUCUUCUUCUCCUUCUUCUCCUCCUUUUUACCGUCCUCCUCCCCUCUUCCUAUUCCUUGUCUUCUUAACAUUUCCAACUCUCGUUGUCCCUGUUCACAGUAUUAGGCUGGAAUAUGGUUGUGUGGUAGUAGACACGUGUUCUGUGUGAUCGGUAGGUCAGUGUUGUGUAAUGAUUUGUUGCUCCUCGUGAUGCCAUCAAACACGGAGCAGUGAUUGGAUCAGUGGAGACAAAAGAUGAAAGGGGUGACCCAGGUUCCCUAAAAAAAACAAAGACAUUGGUUCCCAUUUAAACCCUACUCAUUCCUGAAAAAACAUUUCUGGAACUUUCCCGCUCUGCACAGUGUCGCUCUGGGAUCUUGCUCAAAACAUGAAAACCCAUGGACUGUACUGUAUGUAUUUUCUCUGAUGAUAUCUUGUCAUGCUUUAACUUACAAAUGUAGAAUGGGGGGUUGGGUUGUUGAGCCUACACUUCACUUAUGCCUAUUGUGGUAUAGCCAUUUUCACAAGGAAACUGUCCAUUCACUGAAUACUGACAUUUUAAUGUUGGUCAGGGUUGAAAAUAAGUGUCUAUUCAAUCCUCAAGUCCUUUAGACUUUGGGAACUCACUUUGCUUCAAGCUAAAUACCUUUGAAAAUAUAUUUUCAUGUCCCCUCCAGCUUAAAUUUUCUCCCAUUAUCAAAGGCCUUAGGAAUAUGUUCAAAAUUUUAAUUGAUAGAACUGACACUUUUCCAAACAAUUGUUCAGCAGCUCUCUUUUUUCAUCAUUUCAUCUCCUCUGCCGUGAUACUUGAGAAAGUAGGCUGAGCGAACCCCCCUGCUCCCUUCUCCGGUUUGUCCUUGCCUGGGGUUGGUGUACUGUAGUCUAGACGCCCCAUUUACAGCAGCAGCCUCACUGUUAGGAUACCUUCCACUAGGGAACUCUUCAAAGACGCAGACCAAAAUAAGACAAACCCUGCACCCUAAUCCUGGCGUCAUCACCAGCCAUUUUUCAUCUAUUUCUCAAAGAAAAAGAUUUCUUAAAGGAGGUUUUUCCUUCAGUCCUCUUAGCUGUACUAUUCGGCCAAGAAAGAACCAUUUCAGUCUUACCUUUAAGGCUGCAUUUCUACAGUCUGCCUGAUAAUUCGGACUCUAUAUCAGCUAUAAAUCAAUCGAUCUCCUACUCCAGAUCUCACAGCUGCUGUUGUGAUUGUGGUUAGACUUGAGUUGAAUUAUCAGAGCUGAGAGGAGCAGUAAUGGGAUGACGGAGAAGUGAGCUCGGCUGAUUGGGUGAUUACUUGGCUUAUUAGUCUCAUUUCCAUAACAGACCUCUCAGAGCAGUGUGUCAUACAAAUUCUGGAGGCUACUGGUUUUUUUUUAGCUCUUUACUUAUCUAGAUAGAGAUUACAACAUAUGGUUUUCUCUAAUUCAACGAAGAUAAUGCAAAGCAGUCAUUGUUUAGUAAUUCUUUGGUAUAAUUGGACACCUUGCAGAGCAUUGUUGAAAGACUGUUUAAAGCACCUUGGACAGACAACUGCUUCUUCUUAACCUUGACCAAACAAUCGUCCCCUUUCUAUGUGGCAAUACUGACCUCAAGUGGUCAAUGCAAGUAACAGCAACAAGUGGGACCAUACUGCUGAUGCUGAUGUACCAGUAUUGUAUAUGGUGGGAAAAUAAAUAUAGGCUCUGGGUCUCAUACAGUGAAACACUGGAGAUAGCAGAUUGACUGUUAGCUUCAUAUGGCAGUGCUUCACUGAUUUUCUUAUAGCCUUAGCAUGACCUCCUCUCCUCUCUGCGUGUCUAGGGCAUUUGCGCUCAGCCACUGGUGAGGGAAGCGGAGUUAUCAGGAGAGGCCUCCAUCAGAUGAUCAAAAGCAACAGUUCAGACCUGUUUUGCUGGGACUCAGUCUGUAGAUUAGACAAAUACUUUCUGAUGCCCCUGCCAGUCAUACUGCCAUCAUAACAAACAAUAACAAACUAUAUUAAAAUGUCACAGCAUCAUUCUUUCUCAGUAUUUGACUGAGAGCUGAUCGGCAAACAAUUGGUUCCUCUCUAGGGAAAUUUUUUUUUUAUUUCUUGUGGUUUUAGCAGGUUUAAUCUAUGCAUGCCUUUUUUAUACAGUGAUUGGUCUUGCCAAACUCUCACCUACACUAGUAUGGAGAGCUAUAGGUGCCAUUGUUGCUGGCCAUGGGACUGGUAAUCACCAACACCUGCAUUCCUGAAUAUUUAGAUGGAGUGUCUUACAAAAGAAGCAUUUGUUUACUUGGGAUGAUUGUACUUUAACAUAUAUCUAUCCACACACAGAUAAUCUGCUCAGAUGUGAAAGCUGUGGAUAAAACAAUUGAUAUUCCAAGCAGGAUGGUGGGACUGAUCAAUGCUGUAUGGGGAUAGGAUUAUUAAUGGCAUACUUUCAUUGAUCUAUCUUGAACCUUGUCACUCUCCCACAGUCCCUCUGGAGUAGGAGGAGGCGUGCAGAGCUCUUACAGACCUGGUUGGCACUCAUUCCUAGGUUUCCACAUUAAGAUGAUUUCACUUUUCCUCUUUUAAGAACGAGAUGGUGCCAGAUUUAGCAUUUUUGUUCUAGGUCUAAGCCUCUCUUACCUCUCCCACUCUUCAGAGGAAGCUAUCGUUGGUAUAGCUCUGUAUUUGUUGGAGCCCUCCAAUGGGAAAUAUUGAAGUUUGUCUUAAAUUUGGCUGGGGUAAACAUAUUCUCUCCUCUCUUUGUCUCUCUUUUCUCUCUCUGUCUUUUCUCUCUGUCUUUCUAUCAACCUGGCGCCAACCUCGUUAAGCAGUUCAGAACAUUUUUAAUAGAUUUUUCAUAGCAAACGAAACCUAGGAAUGGGUGCUGAGUGCUCCAAAUAAAUACAGAGCUAACAAAAAGACAAGUUGUUUAGCUUGUCAGAUUGAAUGGUGUCACCCGAUCAAUCAUUAAAGCAUAUGACUGGCUUAUAUUAGAGACUGUUACAUAGGAAGUACCAAAUUUGUACUCAAGAACAUCCGAAUGAAAUAUAAAAUGUAUAAUUUGUACUGUGAUGUGUGGAUCCUUGGAUGUGAAGAACAGAAACUGUACAUAUUAGAUCUAUUAGCCAUAUCAUGUCAUCUAAUCUGUAGACCUCCUUGCCAUGUCUGACAGAGGAAAAUGACUGUUGAACUGUAAAUAGUGUAGGUAUAGUAAAAUAGGAUUUAACUGCUGCUUCUUUUCUCCAGGGAUCACCCAUGUUUUGCUCAGUCCCAUGGCUGCUUGGUCUCAAAGGGAAGAAUGAGACAAUAAUGUUUGUCUAUAAAACACAUAUGAGUUCUUUUUUUAUUUCAAUGUAUGUUUUAUAUACUGUCUGUCUUGUAAAUGAACCUUUUUCGUCAUAAAAGCAUGAUGUGACUCUGUCAAAAGCA